AUGGCCGAUGAACCGCGCCGGUCAGGCCGCUCCACCAAGGGCCAGCACAAGAAUCUCGACCUCGUCCCGGAGACGCCUGCGAAAAAGUCCAAAACAAAGUCUCAAACCAAGGAUAAGCCCGCAAAGUCCUCCGUCGAGCCGACCCCCGCCCCCAGUGAAGAAGAGGAGAUCAUCCGAUGCAUUUGCGGCGAAUAUGAAGAAGAGGAAGACGUUGAGCGUGAUAUGAUCUGCUGUGACCAGUGUUCUGCCUGGCAGCACAACGACUGCAUGGGUCUGACGUUUGCCAAGGGCGAAGAACCUGACCAGUAUUUCUGCGAACAGUGCAAACCCGAGAACCACAGGGAGCUGCUGGAUAAAAUCGCGCGGGGGGAGAAGCCAUGGGAAGAGGCGGCCGAAAAGCGACGCAAGGAAGCCGAGGAGAAGAAAUCACGGCGCAGAAAGGGGAAACGGGGCGGACGCAGAGGUAGACCUAGCGAGGCCAAGACGGAGGCAAGUACCCCAGCUCGCACGGCUGCAUCCUCGACGCCUGCUCCAGCACCCGCGUCUCAGACCGAGGCCACCGCGGCGACUCCGGUCUCCGAGAAGCCCGAAGAGGCCGCAGAUGCACAAUCCACAAGUGCUCAGAAACGCAAGUUUGAUGAGCACGAAGAAGCCCCUACGCCGGAACCUGUAAGUGCUCACUCUUGGCUAUUGCGCUCUCAUGUCAUUAACGCGUCACCAUCACAGGGCCCCAAGUCGAAACAGCAGAAGACUUCCCCUGCAAGAGGUACUGCGACCGCGCGGCCUGUUCCAGUGAAACAGGAAGUUAUCGACCAUGCCUCCCCUCCCGGAGUCGUUGUGGAACAAGCGGCGACCGGCGGCGUGACGUCCAUAGAGGAGAUCUCGAACCCUGCUCGGAGUCGUGCAGCCACGGCGCUGUCCAGGUUGUUUGUAGAGCAAAUUACUGAGGCUCAGAAGCGCGGGCCCUUUAACUUGCCUGAUGGGAAGACAAAGGAGGAGGUCGGUCAGCAAAUUGCCCUCGCCAUCGAGUAUGCAAUGUAUCAGAAUAUCUGCGGAGGAGCGGGGGAGCCAACAGAGGCAUAUAAAUUACAACUGCGGACGAUUUUGUUCAACGUAAAGAAGAACACUUCUCUACGAGAUCGUCUGCUCGUAGGUAGUUUGUCCCCAGACUCCCUGUCUAAAAUGAGCUCCCAAGACAUGGCAAGUGAAGAGCUCCAGCAGAAGGACGCGGAGAUCAAGCGAGAGGCCGAGCGGCAGCAUAUCAUCGUGCAGGAUCAGGGCCCCCGGAUAAGACGAACCCAUAAGGGAGAGGAGUUGAUCGAAGACGACAACCAGAACGUCUCCAGCGAACCGGUCUUUUCAAACGCGCCAGCCCGACGAAGCCUCGCAGAGGCUGAUGGGAGCCCUUCCGGCAGUCCAGGUGCUCAACGUGUCGAGUCUGACGAUUCUCGAAGGGCUUCAAAGUCACAGGCGGUCGACACAAAGCCUGCUCCUCAUGACGAACACUUCCCAGCGAGAGGACACUCUCCUGGUGGUACCAGCCACGACCAAGUCUUCCCGGAGGUCGCUACUCAUAUCCGAGAGCCAGUACCUACUGGCAGAGUCCAAGCCGACGCCGAAAUCGACAAGUUGUUGAAAGACGACGAGCCGGAGUCUCCUCCCUACUCGCCCAAAGAUUAUCACGACGAGGGAGUUGUCUGGCGUGGCAGAGUUGUGAUGAACGCUAUCGCUGAGUUCUCUUCGUCUGCAAAGCAUGUCGGUGGAGCUGAUCUCAGCGGACGAAUUCCCUGGGAACAGCUGGCGCCUUCGACUCUGGUCGUGAAUGGAAGAAUCGACAUCGAGCUUGCCAGCAACUAUCUCUGUGGACUCCGCUUCAGCAGUUCCACCGAUGUAUCCGUCAUUUCCAUCAGCAGUCCUGAUUCGCCCAAGGAGCGAGCAUCUUUCGACAACCUGUUCAACUACUUCCAAGAUCGCAACCGGUAUGGCGUGGUUGGGAAGCAUCCUUUACCAGCCGUCAAGGACACCUAUCUCAUCCCCAUCGAAGCGGGUUCGUCCAAGAAACCGGAGUUCAUUGAGCUUCUGGAGAACAAUUCGCUCGAAGAUCCCACGCCAGAGCGUAUCCUUCUCGUCGUGUUCGUCGUCAAAACAAGCGAUUCCAACCCUCCCUCUGUACAACCCUCGUCGCACCAGCCUAGCCAGGAGCCCGGAGCUUCUGUAACGGCAAGUCCGAUGACCGCAGGUGCUGCGACGCCUCAGCAGGCGCAGUUCAUGACUCCCGGGCCCCGCGCCACGUCUCAAAUCACCCCAACCCCGUCCUCUCUCGGUGGGACUCCGCUCGCGCAUGCUCCAUACGGUCAGCCGCCGGCACAGCAGCAAGCGCCGUCUGGGCCCCAGUACGGCUCGUACCAAGCUGCACCGCUCCAGCAAGCUCCUCCCACCGGAAUUGCCGCCGCUGUGCAGGUUCUCGGUGCCCAGGCGAGCUCGCCUGCAAUCCAACAACUUUUGCAGCAGGCGCCGAACGCGGAUGCCUCGCAGCUGGGUGUGGUUCGAGACAUCCUCUUUCGCCGGCCGGAGACAGCCUCGAAUUAUGAGCUUCUGAUGCAAGAGUUGGUCCAAGCUACGACGAAUGGGCAUGGUCCGCAGCAGAAUGUGCAGUAG